GAUUAUUUCCUUAACAGACAUGUGUUGUAAUCAGUCGACAAAGUCGUAGGCGAAAAAUAGAAAUCCUCAGUGAUAAAGUGUUUCCAAAUAAUAUCUGUAAAGUAUCAUAUAGUAUCUGUAAUAUAGUUCUCUACUUAAAAUCGAGGUUCAUUGUUGGCUACUCGAGGCACAUAACCUCAAAAAUUUUCUCAGUGCAUAUCGUGCAAAUGCACAGUAAUUUUAUAUUUUAUAUAAUCAAGUGAGGGAUGGAAAACAACGAGGUUCUAGCCAGAGUGAAGGAGGAACCGAAUCAUGCGUGGCCAGAUACGGGUGACGAUAGCGUAUUCGAUUCGGUGGACUCUUGCGAAGUCAAAAACGUUAAAAUGUUCCCACUCUAUGAAUUACAAGUGAAUCACGUUAAUGAGGUUAUUGGGUCACAGGAAAUGUUGGACGAAAAAAUAUUCGUAGAGCUAGAGUGUAAAAAUGUUAAACUUGAACCGACAUCUCUAUCGACAACCAUAAGCAAAACUGAAGAUCAAAGUUGUUUACCUAUUAUAAAAAUAGAAAACAAAACUCAAACUAAUUGUCAUAAAACUCAUAAAGGAAAAAAGAGUCUAAAAAGACAAGUCAAUAUAACACAUAAAAGCAUUAAAUGUUAUGAAUGUGAUAUUUGUCACAAAUCAUUUGCACGCAAAGGCCAUCUAAAUGUUCACAUAAAUGCAGUACAUUAUAGGAUUAAACCAUUUGAGUGUGGUAUUUGUCAUAAAUCAUUUAAAUACAAGUGUGAAAUCAAAGUUCACAUAAAUGCAUGUAAUAUUGGUCAUAAAUCAUUUGGAUACAAGAGUGACCUUAAAAAGCACACCAAGGCAAUACAAAAUCAUAGCAAACCUUUUGAGUGUGAAACUUGUCACAAAACAUUUGGAUUCAAAAAUCACCUUGAAUAUCACAUAAACGUACUACAUAAUCGAAGCGAACUGUUUGAAGACAAAAAAUUACUCUCACAAGACACAUAA